AUGGAUGGCCCUCCAGGUGUUCCCCCUCCUGGUAUUCCGCUCGAGCUGAUGCUCUAUAUGGCUCGACUCCAGAAGACCAUCGGCUACAGUAAUGCUGCCGCUUGCGCAUUCCUGGUAUACGACGUCCUGAUUACAUUUUCCGGCGAGGUUCAGCACAUCUGGACUCAAGACUGGAAUAUCACGAAAUUUCUUUUCUUUUUCAUCCGCUACUUUGCUGUAGCGGCUCAACUGUCUGCACAGUUCAUAACUGUAUCAUCCGCUCGUGAUUGUUUUACCCAGAACGUGUGGCAAGCGGUGGCUUCCACACUCCUUAUGACACUGGUGGACUAUGUUCUCGUGCUGAGAGUGUUUGCCCUUUAUCACCAGAAAAAAUACAUAAAGUGGUCCAUAGGCAUCAUCUUCGCUGUAGAGGUCGCAGCCAUUGCUACUGCUAUGGGGCUUUCUAUACCUCGUUUAGCCUUCGAUGAUCACUGCAUUCUGAUAUCAGAGCCGGGGAGGAUUUUCCUGGUCACCACCAUUUUUCCGGUGGUCUUCCAAGCUAUAUUGUUCCUUGCCACAGCAUACAAGUGCGUUGGGCUAAUCAGGACACUGGGGUGGAAGCAAGUACGAUUGACGGGCGUCCUUAUGCGCGAUGGAACGUGGGCUUUCAUUCUCCUAUUCGUCUAUCUAUUGGGAGGUUGUGUGGCCCCGAAGACGUUUACGGGCAUUCUGUUCGGGUAUGUCAAGCUUACCGAUCCUCACAUUUCUGUUCCUGACCUUUAUCUCCUGAUAGCUGACUCCACACCAUCUUCGCCUUUUGCGGAUACCGACUUCUUUUAA